AUGAUCAAGGAGAGCAUUAGGUCACGCGAGUUCUGCACUACCAGUCAGUAUGUCCUCGACAUGUGUCUCUCUAUACUCGAGCUCAUGAUCGAACAACGCAACUACUCCCAUCUAACAACUUACGUUUUCAAAGCUGAUGCAGCUCUCGACUCUGCCGCAUCCGCCGCAGCCUCUUCAUCCAACAACGGCGGCGAUUUGGCGAUGGCCACCACCGCUGCCGGUGCAGCGAAGAAAAAGGGCACUCUUGGCAGUGGAUCGUCAGCAGAAAGGGACACCUAUCAAUCCAAGCUAGACUUAGCGAGCGCACUGUCGUAUCUGGGGCAAGCUAACUACGAGAAGGCUGCUCAGUGUUUCUUGAAGUUGGGCCCGGCGAAGGAUUUGGGGGAUUGGGUUGGCAAGCUUAUAGCCCCGGGCGAUAUCGCGAUCUUUGGCACCCUCUGCGCUCUCGCCAGCUUCUCUCGUUCGGCAAUCAAGAGCCGGGUCCUUGAGAACUCGAUCUUUGGGGCUUAUAUUGAGCAAGAGCCGUAUAUUCGGGAGUUGAUCGAAGCUUACAUGAACAGCGAUUUCAAGACUGUUCUGGAGCUCUUGUCGCGGUACUCCGCCGUGGUGCUGUACUUCCAGCCCUUCGCCACUAUCAAGCUCGAGCGGAUGAGCGCUGCGUUUGGGUGGACCGUCGAGGAGGUCGAGCAGCAAGUCGUUGCGUUGAUACAAAGUGGGGCUAUACAAGCCCGGGUCGAUAGCCAGAACAAGAUCUUGCAAGCUAAGAAGACAGAUUAUCGUGCGGAGCUUUUCGCGCGUACGAUUAAAGCCGGGAAGAGUAUGCAGGCGACGAAUAGGAAGCUGCUUUUGCGUAUGCGGUUGCAACAGGCGGAGUUGAUGAUUAAGCCUCCCAAAGGAAGCGCUCAUCACAGUGCUUUGACUGAUUUCUUGCAGAGCGUAUUGUUUUCGCUGUGCAUCCAAAUUGUACUACAUACAUACUCUCUUGAACGCGCGCGUUCGAGCUUCAAACAUCUUUGCGUGCAGAACGGGAUCACUCAGCACAGUGCUUUGAUUGACUUCGUCCAGGGCAGUCAGGAUUUGUUGUGCAUUCAAAAUUGUACUAUAUACACCCACUUCAACACGCGUUAG